CGCUCGCCAUGUUUGGAUGUAUGUUGACCCAUACAGCUACAUUGGGAUCAGGAUUAAUCGUUUAUCAGGUAUUAUCUACAAUGCUGGCCAUCUUAAAAAUUUUCUGCUAAGGGGAGGACGCAAAAAGAAACCGUCAUUACCGCUGUGGAAGAAAUCACUGUAUCGCUAUUUACGGAUCCCCCAUGAGGUUCAUUGUCCUUGACAAACAAGACAUCUGCUUCCUGGGUAACUAAACCUGUUGAAUCGUUGCAUAAAUGACGCUGUUUUUUGCUGGACCACAAGGAAUCCUACCGCGAAACAGAAAGUUUUGGUUUGAAGUUCACUAACUUCCAUAACGUUAGUGUCCUCUCCUUCGGCUAUGGUGUCUAUCUUAUGCCGGAUGCCUAACAAGGCCACCAGAAGCCAGCAGGCAAAUUUGUUGUUAUUUUUUUCAUAACGUGUAUGGUGUACCGAAUCUGGUUGAUUUUCUAACAUUCUAUGCUAAUUUGAUGAAGCCCACUGCUUCUGGCAGCAACAGUUGUCUAGUUGUAACAGAGGACCAGAGAUCGAUGGUUGGUGCUACCACUGGUGAAACGUUGCAGCUAUCAUUUGGAUUUAAAUUUUUGAUCCAAAUUUGGUUCCAAGAAAUUCCAGAAUGCAGAUCUCAGGGAAACCGCAAGCAUUGCGUAGAGUAAGCCUAGUGCCGUCAGUGCUGGCAUUUUCUCAAACUGCUCCAGACGCCAAUCGUUUUGGAGAAUCCAUUCGCAUACUUUUACGAUGGAAGGGAAGCGUUUACAAGACAAUAUGGAAAAACCUCCUAGUGUAUUACGCACUCUAUUACUUGCUCACUAUUUUACACAAUUUCGUCCUCGGCGACGAUGGCAAAAAAGCGUUCGUGGCUUUGGCAAAAUACUGCUUACGCAACUCCAAUUCCAUCAAUCUAAUGAUUAUGUUGUCGUUUUUCACGUCGACCGCUUUGCAACGCCUUUUUACCGUGCAAACUAUGAUUCCCGGGACAGCUAAAGUUAUCACGUUCUUUGUUAUGUCGCUCAAACCGAAUCUACCUGAGGGCCCUAUUAUUGUUGAACAAUUUGCACGUUGGACGGUAAUUGCAUGGAUUCUAACCUUCCGCGUUGUGUGUAAACCCUUACGGGCCAUGUUUCCGAACAUGGUUUCUCUUCAAGUAGCCGGAAUCAUAAGAGAGAAAGAAAGAUUAAUCCUAGAGAGGGUUGAAACUGAGCACAACACAACGCCUCGCGCUUUAGUCGUGAUUGACUGGAUGAUCUUGUUGCUGAAAGAAACCUCGAUACACAAUCGUUUUACCGAGAAAUCUAAUCACUUGAAAUCCCUCGACGUUGUGAUGGCCUUUAAGAAGAGCUGCGGAAACACGAUAAAGUUUGCAACAAAGAAUAUUCCAUACGCCCUAAUUCAGGCUGCCAUCAUUGUCGUCUAUACUUACGGAUUGAUGACAUUAAUGGCUCGUAAUUUCGAUGAUGACGACAGUGCAGGAUUCACGGCAGGCAUCGUAAAUUAUUUCCCGAUCGUUCCCAGCUUGCAAUUCUUUGUUUUUCUCGUUUGGCUGAAUUUUGGUCGAAUUGCUGUGAACCCUUUUGGAACUGAUGAAGACGAUAUCGAUGUUAAACUCCUUCUUGAGACUCAUAUUCAGGAUUCUUAUCGAUUAGCAAAUCUGUAUACUCAGGAUUUGGAAAGCAUUUUUGGCGCUAUGCCUCAGAAACCAUAUAACGAAGCACCCUCUUCUUAGCUCCCUUUGCCGGCUGAAACGCAACCUUUGCAGAAGCAACCUCACUCUGCGUAAAAAUGUAAAUCUAAUGGAUUCCUAUUUUUAUUUAUACUCCUUUUUCAAGCAACUUGCCUCUCCUCUCUCCAAAAACAAGUGAUUUUAAUUACAGGUCCGAUAUCAAUUGUAUAAACGAUAUUUAACGGU